UCUCCAUAGUGACGCGCUACGCCAUCUUGCAUAUCAGCGAGCGCCGAGUUCAGUAGAGACGCUGUCUAGUUUGCGCUUCAACGCUACACCAAGUGAAAUUUCAGAGAGAUGAACAGUCAGAGCUCCCGCAACGAAACAGCAGCCGCCGCCGUUAACGGCUCGGAUUCAACGGCGGCGGCUUCCCGAGAGCGCAAAACUGGAGGCGGCGUUCUGAAAAGGCUGAAAUCGCGACGAAAUCAAGUGGACCGACGGCCUGUAACGGAGGAAGAGCUGCGGGCGCUGGGGAGAGACAUCACUCCGGAUGAAGUUUUGGGACUCCGCGCAGUCACUCGCGACUAUCUUUGUAAACUAGAGGACAACAUCUACAACAUUGACUUCACACGCUUUAAGAUCAGAGACCUGGAAACGGGGACAGUCCUUUUUGAGAUUGCCAAACCGCCACACUGUGACCUUAAUGAGGAGGAUGAGGAAAACGGAGAUGUUGACACCAGUGCCGGGCGUUUCGUUCGAUACCAGUUCACAGCGGCGUUCCUUAAGUUGCGCACAGUCGGAGCCACUGUGGAGUUCACAGUUGGCGAUCGACCGGUUACCAAUUUCAGAAUGAUUGAGAGGCAUUAUUUUCAAGACCGCCUCCUAAAGAAUUUUGACUUUGACUUCGGCUUCUGUAUCCCGAACAGUCGGAACACGUGCGAACAUAUUUACGAGUUCCCUCAGCUCCCAGAUGACCUCAUACGGUUGAUGAUUGAACACCCGUAUGAGACCAGAUCAGACAGCUUCUACUUUGUGGACAACAAACUCAUCAUGCACAACAAGGCAGACUACGCUUACAACGGGGGCCAGUAGUGCUGCUUCAGUAGGAAACCUGACCUAAGUUUGUUGGAGUGACCGUGUGGUUUUGCUUAGUGUUUGCGUGGAAUGCAAAUACAGGACCGUCUCCUCGCUACCAACAACACGGUGUUGUCACCAGCAUUACGAUCUGGCAGCAUCGACCCACCCAACUGGAAAUAACCAUUCCUUCUAUGAAGUUCCUGCAUUCCACAGACUGCACACACUACUUGUGGGUUUGGUCCAAAAAAAAAGCCGAGCCUUUCUCCUCGACUAGCCGGAACUGAAGAAUUCCUGUCCUGUCAUCCUGCUUUAGGGGCGACUACAAUAGAAGAGUUGUUGUUUUGUAAUGUUUCUUCUCUUAUGUCUUGCACCCAACACCAUCAUGUGUCUUGUUUUGUGAGAUUUUUAAAGCUCUGAAGUCCUGUUAACCGAACUGAAUCUUGAAUAUCUGAAUGGGGUCUUUCUAUGCUACAGCUUUGUUCAAAUGUGCUAAAAUGCCGCAUAAAUCUUUGGUUAUUAAACAAAAAGAGGGUUUUUGCACAGAUUUGCAGUUUUUGUAGUUCAUUAAAGGGGUAGUACGGCAUUAUUGGGGUAUAUCAUCACUGAGAUUGCAACACUCGGACACGUGAUCAGGGUUAGUAUGUCCAGACAGUCCAGUUAAAGAGGAUGUGAUCUGUUUUCACCAUAACCCUAAAGGGGGCGUUUACAUGACACCUUAAAACUUUUUAAUGCUUUUUGGCUGUUCGUUUAGGACGUUUACAUGACAACAGCGUUUUGAGGGCCUGAAAAUGCAAACAUUUGAAAACGG